AAGCAGCCACUGGGAACACGGACCGCGGAGGAGCAGCAGUUGCGAGAGAGGCGCGCGCGCGGUCACAACUGGGCGACGGCAGCGAUUGGGGCAUGCAAAUUAUGCCAAAUAGCACCAUCGACAGGAGCACGAGCACGAGAAGCAGCAGCAGCAACGCCACAGCCAAAACCAUCGCCAGCGUCAACGACGACAACCGAGCACCGAAUGCAGCAGAGCACCGGAGCGGCGACGUCAUCCGCAGCAGAUAGCGGGAUGGGGGCGACGGACCUGGUGUCCAGGUGCGGUGGCGACGGCGGGGGAGGUGGCGGGAACAGCUGCUCCGGAGGAUCCAGCGACCCAGCAGCGAUCAACACAACGAUUAGCUCCAAGCAGGCGGACGCGAGGGAGCCGCAGGAGGAGCAGGUGGCCAUCCACUACUUGGCUAGCUUCCAUGAGCUGUGCGUGGUGACCGCCCUGCUGCCGCUGGUGACGCUCUUCACGUGCUUCGUGACCGCCUACGUCUUCCAGUACGACGAUGUCCACGAGACACAUUGCCGCGUCUACAACAUUAUACCCUCGAUAAGUGCAAUUACCGGCGUCAGUCCGCAGCGCUACUUCUGGCGCUUCAGCAUCGCGCUCCACAUCGGACCGCGAAUCCCCAUCGCCUUCGUCUACAAGAACUACUACCGCUCGCAGCUGCGUCGGAUCAGUCCCGCCCAGGUGCCUCAGACGAGCCUGCUCAUCACGCUGAUCCUGGUGCUCAACUGCAUCGAGAUCGCGUCCCUGGGCGGCGUCACCUAUAUAUCGAAUCGCGAGAACUACCCCGUUCACGAGCGCAUAUUCAUCACGUUCAUGGUCUGCUCGCUGUGCUACAUGCUGGCCACCAUCAAGCUGAACAGCAUCCUCAAUGCCGGACAGGCGCUGAGCGAAAAGCAGCUCCUCUCCAUCAAGUGGAAGAAGAUCCUCUUCGCCGUCUCCAUCCUGAGCACCGUCGGCCUGCUGGUGUUCUUUGCCAAACAUCGCUUCUACUGUCACGACUUGGCAUUCAGUUGGUUCGCGUUCUUCGAGUACUUGAUCGCCAUCGCCAACAUGCUGUUCCACUUCACCAUCAUCUGGGACUUCCCCUCGCAGUUCAUGAUGAUCGUGCAGGGACCCCGCGAGAAUCUCGCCCAGUAUUUGAGCAGCCGGCCGAAGCUGGACUAGAUUCGACACGGACUAGAUGCUCCCAGCGCGCCACAUCUCCUCCAGUGAACAGUGCGUGCGAUUCCCGUGCGAAACGUACAAUUAACGAACUUCUUCAACUUUAAAACUAAGCGCUUCCAUGCCGAUCAACCAUAGCAAACUUAGCCUUCUUCUAUUUCUUCGAUUCUCUUUACACUUACACUUAUCAAUCUAAGCCGAAAGCGAAACCAAACCAAAAUCCAGAGAUAAGGAACGCAAUACGAUACGAAACCAAAAUGUUCCAUAGUUCCAUGAUUAAUAUAGCUAUUGAAUUUAACAACAAGUAUGUAAAGAAUUUUGCCAGAUUAGAGGGCAUACCGUUCUAUGUACACAUUCUAAAUACGUGAAAUAAGUUACCUAGGGAUUAAGUGCACCCAAAACAAAACCAAAACCGAAACCAAAACCAAACCAAAUGGAUCGCAGCUCGCCAGAUCUCAUGUCAAUUUCGAAUCGAAUGCUAGGAGCCAGCCAGGGGCGAGUAGUUUCAUUUGUUAGGCAGUAAAGUAAAGUAAAAUAAAUAGAAGUCGCAUUACUUACCACUUAGUACAUAUCGUUUAUACAAGAUGAUAACGAGCAGCGGGAAAUAGCCUCCUUGGGACAGGCCCUAUUGGCCCCCAUCCAAAAGAACAAGGACACGAUUCUAAUAGACGGUAAUCAGACAAUAGACAUUAAGUGUGCGACUUUACUGCGGGCAACGAACCAGGGGACCUCCACAGAUUCCAUCCGCGCAGUGAUGGCAAAUGGUAUUUCCCGGAUAGUUGAUAGCUACUCAUGCACAUAGUUUUAGAAUCCGUCACUGAUCGUGGAUCGGAUCGAGUAAUCCGAAUGGGUGUGGAGGUGCGGCUUCUGGUGCUCACGGGGUCAGAAGGUCGGUGGCAUAAGUAAAUGUAGCCAAGUAAACAAUUGUUCUUAGCCAACUUUAAUAGUGAAAUGAAAUUCGAAGGACGGAGCAAUCCGGUGAAAACUAGAGGCCCAUAGGUAACCAAUUUGCAAACCAGAUUAGGAUCAAUAUAUUUUGCAGCAAAGGAGAUGCGUAGGUGUUUUUUUUUUCCUCUAUACAAGAGUACUUAGUGUAAAUCGAGAAGAGUUCAAAUUGAUAUCGCUACUUGGCCAACUUUGUGCCAUAUGUACACAGCAGAGUCAGGCGGAAGGUUUUAUUCGAUAAGUAGUACGUACGAUUGCUACCCUUAGUUAUGAUUGCGAUUGAGCAUUGUAUUUGCGGGAGAUCGACCUUUUAGAUAAUUACCCCGUAUAGCUAAACCAAUGAAACAAUUGUUAAUUCUCACACAAAAACCAAAUACCAACGGAUACUCACUAAAAAAAGUUAUACAGAUUAACAACUCGAGCUAGCUCACGCCCACUCAUGCGAUAUGUUAUGCAAUAGUUGAGUUGCCAGUUGCACCUCGCGAUCGAUCAGAAUAUAUAUAUAUUGAAUUUGAAUUAUUGUUAAUGCUUACACGGCCUGCGUUUAUCCCACAUUAACUAUAUCUAUACUUAUAGCUCUGUCCCGCUCCGUUUCGAUUUCCCAUUUCCGAUUAUGUGCCUCUCUCUCUUUCCCACGCCCCCAAGGAUAGUACUUCCAGUCGCAUCCGAUCUGAUCCGAUCCGGUUGCGUACUAUUAUUCAUAUAUAUAUGCGCUUUAUAUAUACUGCUCAUCGGCUAAUCUUCAAUUAUUUGAUCCGGCAGAUGGAUGGUCACUUUUUACCUUUGCAUAACUUUUUAGGCGACACAACGUAAGAGAAUUAAUUAAAAAUGAAAUGCAAAACUUAACUAUGAAAUACAUAUGUAAACUUUGUAGCUUCCUAAUUUGAAUAAAGAUUAAUACAACUCA